ACUCGUCAGUUGAGUCGUGUAGUUGCCAGUUAGAAAGGUGUGCACAACAACCGUGUUCUCGCUUCCCUUUUAUUUUUCUCCUUCUUCUGGUUCUUCCACCCAUCUACGGGUUUCUACUUUGAGGGCGGGAUGAUCUUUCCUCUUUGGCUGCCAAACAGUCCCAUACGAUUGCCACUAGACUGCUGCUGAGGUUUCACUCUUGACAGACGAGCUGCCAUUGGCCGGUCGGGACAAGGGCACGUGACAGAACCCACCUACCUCCCCUGUCUUUUUUCUCUCUCUCUCUCUCACAUUCGUGGCAGCAUAACUGAGAACAACCUUUUUUUUUUCAUUUUUCUAGCUACAUGUUAUAGGGCAUAGAGCGGUUGAACAAAAAUAAAAUUUUUUAUUUUUUUUUUUCCUGACAUUUCUUCACAGAAAAAGGAGAAAAAAAAGGGAAAAGGCGGGGUAGAGGAUGGCAAAGUGCCGAGGUAGCACAAACACGGGCCAGAGUUGCACGGGUGCAGUGCGCUGUGCGUCCUUCCACUGUUGAGAAAAAGUUUCGGCGGAGUGUCGACGCCGACCGAAACUAGCGCGAAAAUCAAACAACCCCCUUUUCGAGUUGCAAUCCUGAAGGAACGAUACUCAAUUCAAUUACUUCAAAAAGCCGGUGCCUUUGACAACAAGCUAUUGGCAUAGCUUUUCUAGGUCUCGUUGCACUAACAAAAAGAAAAAUUCUUUCAACUUCAAAUCAAAUCAAUUCAAAAAUUUGUAAUGUAGAAUUCAACUGGCAUAUCUGAGUGCGCUCGCCUCUGUACUUCACCCCCUAAACAUAGUGUUCCAACACACGGACACAAACGCAGAGGGAAAAAAAAAGGUGGAGGGGGGCUGAUUUUUUAAUGAAGGAGGGUGCACGACCGUCUGACGUCCGGAUCUACUCCCAUACAAAAUAGAACACAGAAGGUGUCCGUGAUUUAGUGGGUGCACAUCUCCCCUUCUUUGCACCACCCUACAAAGUUGCUGGGACAGUGUGAAAAAUAAAAAAAAGAAACAGCAGAACAAAGUCUGUUGUGCCUCUGUCAUUUCCAUCCAUUCUCUUUAAAACUACAACAAAAGAGUGAUUGUGUGUGUGUGUGUGUGUGUGUGUGUACGUGUGUGUGUGUGUGCGGUAACAGUGGCGUGGAGCUGCAAAAAAAAAAAACGGGGACAGUAGCCCCCAGUACUCCGUCCGAUCCGGCUGUACGAGUGUGCGCUUGGUGUUGGGUGUGUGAGGUGCCAAGAGCGGCGGCGCGAGCACAACCGAAAGAGAAAAGACAUUUGGACAAGAAAAAAAAAGGAAAAAAGAAAAGAAUAAAGACGUUAGAGAGGGUUGCCAAAGUUGGAUCGAACGGCAUUGUCAUCAAAACAUUGACGGAAACCGGAACGAUCGGAUCCAUCGUUCCGUGUAUACAGUGACGCAAAAAAUUAUUAUUAUUUUUUGAAUAAUUUGCAAAACAAAGGACGAAACAAAACAAAAAUAUGCCAGUGUGUGCGUGGGAAUGGUGAAGUGUGUAGCAGUGUGUGGUAUUUGGUCAAAUAUUUCUUUUCAAACAUAAAAAUCGUGUUUUAAAUUCCGUUGGUACUACGAGAACAGUAGCCGCCGAACAUCAUUGGAUUAAAUAAGGAACAAAAAAAAACAAUCUACUUCAUCAUCUUUAUGCUUCGUGACUAGGUGCAAACGAAUCUCGAAUUGAAGCGCCAUUCCGAUCAAACAGCAGGUGUUGAGCUAGCCGCUUGCUCAUCUCCAUAAUAUGGAGAGGUUGCUACUAGCCCCAGCGGUAGUUCAAUCGACGACGGAGAACAACACCGGCUUCGUACAACAACAACAACAGCAUUCGUCAGGUAGCAGCAGCGCAAGCGGUAGCAGUCUCGUAGAGUACCUCACGAGUGGCCGUUCGUCCCUGGACUCGAACGGAGUCGUGCGCGAUGGCAUGAUGAUCGGCGGCAGCCUUGCAACCACGCAAUCCGUCGCCGGAAUGGGCGGCAACAACGGCGAAGAGGACGACGACAACGACGUCAUGCUCGGAGUCGGUGCUCAUCACGCACCUUCUUACUACGACCAGAAUCUAGUAGUGGCCUCAGCUUCGGCCGUCCUUCUCCACCAUCAACAACCACAGCCGGCCGUCGGUGACCUCGCAAACUCGAUGCAACAUCACGACUGUGACGACGACGAGGACGACGAUGACGCAGAGGGGAACAUCGACAACGGUGGCGAUUUCGCUUGGAUGAAGGACAAGAAAGUGGCCCGCAAAAACAAUCAACUCAAUGAAGGCCUGCCGCGACGACUCCGGACGGCGUACACCAACACACAACUGCUGGAGCUCGAAAAAGAAUUUCACUUCAACAAAUACUUGUGUCGACCUCGUCGGAUCGAGAUCGCCGCCUCGCUGGAUCUGACCGAACGUCAAGUUAAAGUCUGGUUUCAAAACAGACGAAUGAAACAUAAAAGACAAGCGCUGGCCAAGAAGGACGACGACGGAUCGGGUGGCGGAAGCGGAGGACUCGGCAUUUUGGACAAAGUUUCAGGUAAAGAGAAAAAGAGCAAAAAACGCGAUUCGAUGCUGGCCUGCCUCAACGCUAGCGACAGCAGUAACGCAAUGAUGGGCGGAAUAAGAGCCACAAGCUCGUCUCCAAUCACAACCACGCCCGACUCGUUUGCCAGCAGCGGCGGCAGCCCAGCUGAAGCCGACCGACGCAAAGAAAAAUCGAGUUGUCAACAGGCAAACAACAACAAACUGGGCAACAUCCACCACGUCGAUUCGUCUUCGCAACACAGCGAUGAAUCGGCUGUCGGCUCGUCGUCGCUUCCGCAUCCACGCCAGUCUCAGCAAUGUUUCACCAAUUAUUGCAAGCCUGUGCCAACGUUGCUGGACGGCCAGCAACAACAGAGCCCAUCGAUAAGCACAACUAUUUCGCCAAGCAGCCGCAGUUCCAGCGGCAGUCAACACAAUUCACCUCAUCCGCCCAUCAAAGUUAAAAACGCCGUAACAGCCACCGACUCAUCAGCUCCUGCUGCAAGGAAUAAUGGGACCCAGGCAGUGGUGGUCGCCCAGUCGUGCUGGCCAGCCAUUCAAAGCAAUCCGACGCCUAACAACUCGCAUUUUAACCUGGAGGCAACACCUUUCUCGAACGACAUUAAGCCUACCAAUUUCAACGGCCUAACAACCCCGUAUCCAGUGCAACAACAAUAUCGGCCGGUCAAUAAUAGGCCGCCGCAAAGUACCUACGGUAGUUUCAACAACAAUUAUUCGGCGGGGCACGAACCCCAAACACAGCAACAUCCGUACAACAACCAACAGCAACCUGUGCCAGACCAUCCAACAUCUUCCUACGCGAGCAGCCAUUACGAUUUCAAACCACCUGUCAAUCAUAGUUACACGACAACAUAUUCAUCUCCAGAAUUGAAUCCUUCAACACGAGCGCAGCCUAUACAAAAUUCGUGCAUGUCCCCGAGAAUGGGCUUGGUUCCUCAACAGCAAUCCAUCAAAAAUCAAACGGGCCUUGUCAAAACGGCCAGUAAUUUCCACAACGGCGUUGGCAUCGGCUGUCAACAAAUGGACCAAUUCAACCACUUUAAUGGGACGGGGCAACAGCAAUCAUCUUUAAUGAACAGCAACAGUACGGGCACUUAUUAUCCGGCAAAAACGCUCAACACGAUUGGAGCAACGAAAACGGCAGAAGCCAACAGCUCGUACAACAACUUCAGCGCUUAUCCCAUGCCGAUGGAUGCGCACAAAAUCCAUCCGCUUGGCGAUCAGCAACAGGCCAAUGUCAACAAAUGCGUUACCUAUCCGGCCGAUCCGGCUAUUUGUCCCACGUCGUAUUUCUCGCCAGGGGGCGGAUCGGUAUCGUCCAAUGGCUGGAACAACAAUUACGGCGGUCACGCCAAUCAAACAGUGCCGGUCAUUCACAAAUUCACGGGUAAUGUGGCCACGAGCAAGAAAGCCGACGAAGACGACCGAGUCCAGCAUCACCACAACGGCUCGCCCAUGACAACUAACUCCCCUUACAUGUACCACCACAAUCAGCAACAACAUUCAGGGACCAAAAGUCUCAUUCCCAGUGAGGUUAGCAUGAGCCAAUCCGUUGGAAUCCAUCAGCCAAUUCAUUCGAAUCAUCCGGUAGCGGCUAACAAUCCAAGCAGUAGCCUAAAUGGAAAUCUUCACCACUACAACAACACGUACGUCGGUAAUCCUCACGGCAGCGAAGCGACACAUACAACGGGCGGGCAACAGAUCUGCGACUCGUCCGACUUUAACUUUCUAUCAAAUUUGACAGGCGACAUUAGCGAGUAUUACGAACUCACGUGAAUUUUUUACACUAUUUUAUUUUGCCCUCUUUCCCACGCAAUAAUUCAAUCUCAAUCACCCCAGUUAAACAUUUGUAAAUAGUUGACUAUUAUGUGUUCAAUUGAUUAUAAAUUUUUUUUUCACAACAAGAAUUUUGAUGCUACAUCACUAACACGCCUCACUUAAAACUAACACGAAAUAUGUUAACACAAAUGAACAUACGCUAAAAUUCCAAAUCGUACCAGGACUUAAUAACCUGUGAUUGUUCUGUUCUCGUUUGUUAUUAUUGUUUGUCGGUCCAUUCACGAAAAUACAUUCGAUUCUUUUCGCCAUUUAA